AUGAGGUCGCUGUGGCUGUGCUGGGCGCUGUGGGCCCUGCCCCUACCGGGCCCCGGGGCCGCCCUGAGCGGGGAGCACAUCCUCAGCACCCUGCUGCGGCAGCUGCAGCUCCGAGAGGCGCCCGUCCUGGACGCAGGCGACCUGGAGGAGCUGGUCACCCCCGCGCACGUAAUGGCCCAGUACGUGGCCCUGUUGCAGCGCAGCCACGGGGUCCGCUCUCGAGGGAAGAGGUUCAGCCAGAGGUUCCGAGAGGUGGCGGGCAGGUGGUUGGCUUCCGAGGCCUCCACGCACCUGCUGGUGUUCAGCAUGGAGCGGCGGCUGCCCCCCAACAGCGAGCUGGUGCGGGCGGUGCUGCGCCUUUUCCAGGAGCCGGUGCCCAGGGCCGCGCUGCGCAGGCAUGAGCGACUGUCCCCGCACAGCGCCCGCGCCCGCGUCACCGUCGAGUGGCUGCAGGUCCGCGAAGACAGCUCCAACCGCACCUCGCUGGUGGACUCCAGGCUGGUGUCCCUCCACGAGAGCGGCUGGAAGGCCUUCGACGUGACAGAGGCGGUGACCUUCUGGCAGCAGCUGAGCCGGCCUCGCCAGCCUCUGCUCCUGCAGGUGACGGUGCACAGGGAGCACCUGGGCUCGCUGGCCUCGGGCGCCCACAAGCUGGUGCGCUUCGCCUCCCAGGGGCCCGAGGGCCCGCGGCAGGGCGAGCCCCAGCUGGAGCUGCACACGCUGGACCUGGGGGCCUACGGAGCUCGGGGCGACUGUGACCCCGAGGCGCCCGUGACGGAGACCACCCGCUGCUGCCGCCAGGAGAUGUACAUUGACCUGCAGGGGAUGAAGUGGGCUGAGAACUGGGUCCUAGAGCCCCCGGGCUUCCUGGCCUACGAGUGCGUGGGCGCCUGCCAGCAGCCCCCGCGGCCCCUGCCCUUCGAGUGGCCAUUUCUGGGCCCGCGGCAGUGCAUCGCCUCUGAGACGACCUCGCUGCCCAUGAUCGUGAGCGUCAAGGAAGGAGGCAGAACCAGGCUCCAGGUGGUCAGCCUGCCCAACAUGAGGGUGCAGAAGUGCAGCUGCUCCUGGGACGGGGCGCCCGUGCCCCGGAAGCUGGAGCCUUAGGUGGGGGGCAGAGCCACCCAGGUGUCAGGCUGGACAGAUGCACAGAAACAGGUCUUGACAUAGGUGUUAAUUUCCUCCUUAGCAGGUGACCCCUGGCCCCACUCAGCACCCUGUUUUACCUUUCCUGCACGUUCUUCCAUUUCUUGUCCUCUUCUGCACCAUCACCCACCCUAAGCACUUACAUGAGUCACUAAUGCAGCUCUUACUGCUGAGUUCUAGAAGGAAAUCCCAGCCUCCUUGUUAUAGGAUGCAGCGGGCUCAGACAGACUGCCUGCUGGGAGUUUCCGUGGCAAAUUCUCAGCUGACUAUGGUACAACGUGCCCUAUGAUGUGAGCUGGGGAAACAGAUUUACUCUACUACAUGAUGGGAAUUACAACAAAACUUUAAGAAAUCCCCCAGUUUCCCUAGGUAGGGAGGAGGUCUAAAAAAGAACACCCUUUCCCCAAAACGCCGACCCAUUCAGGAUUCUUGUGAACAAACUCCCCUGAGAGAUUGCCAGGAGGGAGGACCAAGGGCUUCCACCUGGGGCAGUGGGCAGGGAGUCAGGACACCUGGUUUCUGGAUGGAACGGGGUCACAAUUGUGACCUCAAGCCAAUGGGGUCACCCUUUCCUCUUAAAAGGGAGAAGGUGGGAAUCAGCUCUGAGUCAUUGCCCUGGGGGUCAGAGAGCCCUAACCUCUCCCCUGCCCCCACCCCCCAGCAUUUCCUGUACAUAGUUGCAUUAUUUCCCCCAUGGUUUUAGAAUUUUCCCCACCAGAACCCAUGUGUAUUUACUUUAAAAAAAAAAAUGUAGCCAAAAGAGUUGAGUGUAGAUA